AUGAUGGUAAAACAAAAUAGGCUUCUUGAGCUUCCCGCAAUCGGCGUCCCCUCCACAUCUCACAUCUCACAGCAGCCACAGCAGCAGCCACCCAUGGUCGACGAGGACUUUUACUAUCCUCGCGACCUUGAGGCCAGCUUCUGCCGUGACUUCAGCUGCUGCGGCCUUGUGCUCAACGACCUGCACGACCUCCUCCAGCACUACGAGGAGUGUCAUGUGCGGUUUGAGGACGACGAGGCUCAGGCCGAUCUUGCAGAUGACUGCUUCUUUGACGACGAGUGGGCGUCGGCUGACUGCUUGGUUGAUGCGCCAGCGGCCACUGAUUUGUCAGGUUUCGGGCUGACCCUGGAGCAGCAGCUGAUUCUCAAUGCUGCGACCACAGCUACAAACACAGCCGUGUGCUCGCCGGCCCUGAGCCCUGUGGCAGCCCCCGGCGACAUCUCCUCGAUCUCCCCCAAGGUCACCACCGGUGCCUCCCACAGCACAGCCUCGUCGGCCCGCAACACGCCGCCGCUGUCGCCUUCCCACACCGCCUCGUCGUCGGCCAUCAGCUCGCCGCAAGAGACCUCGCUGUCGUACCCCUCCAUCGAUGCCGCCCUGGCUGGCGGACGGAAACGCGGUGCGAUCGCUGAUAGCGAGUGCACAGCCGCAGGGGCCAUGAAGAAGCAGGCCACGCUGGGCGGAGCAAAGCCCGUCACGACGUCUGUGGACCUGUCGUUUGCAAGCACAGCCCUGGGCUUGUACGACGACGACAUUAUUGCAGCCCUGGCGUCUGCCACCGAUCCUCUGUUCCUGUCCUCGGUAGCUGCUGCCGCUGCUGGCCAGGACGACAGCGACAAUGCCAAGCACGCAAACAAUGCCGCUGCUGCUGCGGUUGCUGCAAGCACCACGCUGGCCCAGGCCGCCAGUGCUGCGGUCGCUGCUGUUGCCUGUGACGACUCUGACGACGAGGUCCACCUGCCGCCCAGCGUCACCGCCGCGAUGGCUGGCGCCGUUGCUGCUGCUGCUGCUGCCAAGGCCCACGGUCUGCUGCCGCGCGACGACAAGCCCUACCGGUGUCCGGUAUCGGGCUGCGACAAGGCCUACAAGAACCCCAACGGGCUCAAGUACCACAAUCUGCACGGCCACUGCAGCAUGGGCGAGGAGGCGCUUGGCGUGUCAAAGCCCUACAAGUGCCGUGUGCCCGAUUGCUACAAGGCGUACAAGAACCUCAACGGGCUCAAGUACCAUGUCCAGCACGCCCACUGCGCCAUGAUUCCGUCAAUCCGGGACCUGCCCCCCAAUGCCACGCCCGCUGAGGUUGCUGCCGCUGUCGCUGCUGCUGCUGCCGCUGCUGCUGCUGCCGCAUCCAACCACAGCAAUGCUGCUCCUGCCCCUGCCGCCCGUCUGCCCCCUGCCAAGCCUGUGGGUGUCCCGGCCCACCACCCGCCUGCGCCCCAGAGACCAGUCCCCAGCACCGUGCGUGGCCCUGCCAUGCCCCAGAACGGCUCGCGGCCCGCACCGGUCUUCCGCACCCCCCAGCAGCAGCAGCUGCCGCAGCGCCGGCCCAUGGCCACGCCUGCCGGUCCCCGGCCCAUGGCCCGCCCGCUGAACUCUGCGCUGCCGCCGCGCGCCCCGGCAAUGGCCGCCAAAUCGGUGGCUCCGGCCCCUCGUGCUGCUGCCCCACAGCAGCCGCGCCAGCCGCAACAGCAGGUUCGGGCACCCGCUGCGACUGCCUCGUGCUAA